UGGGACACACCCAAGAUGUUGGAAGAACAUUUCUGCAUGGGAACGAGAGGGCAGAGUUGGCAGGACGGCUGUCACAGGGUGUUCCUGUUGGACGAGUUUUACAAGAUGUCCGAAGUGCACCAGUCGCUGCAAGUGUGGAGAGAAUCCAUCUCCUUGAGAAAAAAGAUUUGCAUAAUAUAAAAAGGGAUUUUGAUAUUGGUUAUGCAACGAAGAAGCAUGAAAAUGAUGCAGUGAGUGUGAAAUUGUGGGUCGAAGAAAUGAAGAGACAAAGUGACAACCCAGUACUGUAUUUCAAGCAGCAAAAACAAGUGCAUCCUAAUUUUCAAGAUGAAGACUUCAUUCUUAUUAUAAUGACAGACUUUCAGGCCGAACAACUUCUAAAGUAUGGAGAAGAUAAAAUAUGUGUGGAUGGCACUCAUGGCAUGACUGCAUACGAUUUUCAACUUUUUACUAUUGUCGUUGUUGAUAGAUAUGGUGCUGGAAUGCCAGUUGCAUUUUGUUUUUCAAAUAGGGGAGACAUGUGCUUACUGUCUUUUUAUUUCAAAUGUGUGAGAGAGAAGGGUGGGCACUGUAAAGACCAAUGUGUUUAUGUCUGACGAUGCACCAGCAUUUUAUAAUGCAUGGUCAGCAGUAAUGGGACCUGUGCCAAACCAGUUGCUGUGUUCUUGGCGUAUACAACGGAACUGGUCUCAGAAUUUAAGGAGAAUUUCUGGGGGUAGUGAGAAAAAAUCAGCAGUGUUUAGUUCACUAAAGCGACUUCAGACUGAACUGGAUAUAGAUGUUUUUAGUUGUAGUCUGGAGAAAGUGGUGGAAGACUUAUUGAAUGAUCCGGAUACUGCAGAAUUUGGCAGGUACUUUCUUAAGAUGUACUGCCAGCGAGUGGAAAAGUGGGCGUAUUGUUUUAGGCACCGACUGGGCAUUAAUACAAACAAUUACUUGGAGUCCCCACAUAAAGUUAUUAAAUACAGUUAUCUAGAAGGGAAAAAGUGCAGAAGGCUGGAUAAGUCAUUAAAUGCUUUGUUAUGUUUAGUGAGAGACAAAGUAUAUGAGGGCUUAGUGAAGCUCUCAAAAUGUAAGCAGUGCUCUAGGGCAUCAAGAGUGAAAGCAAGCCACAACGAUAGCUCAGCUAUAACAAAUGGGAUGAUUUUAUGCAGGGGUGAAGGGUUGUGGGAAGUGCUUUCUUCCACUGGUUGUGAAGUGUAUGUUGUUGUAAAAAAUUCAGAACUGAUAUGCGAAAGAAAAUGUUCACUUAAGUGUAACACCUGCAACAUAUGUGUACAUUCGUAUAAAUGCAGCUGUUUAGACAACAUUUUAAAUUUUAACAUAUGUAAGCAUAUACAUGCAUGUGCCAAAUCAUUGUCUGGUGCUGUCCAGGAGAGUGAACAGUGUUCCUUGUCCUCUAGUGCAGACAAUGAAUAUGUGUCAGCAUUGCUUUCUGGCAAUUCAGAAAAAUCUGCUGACACAUUUGAACAGGAUGUGAUGUCUCACCGUGAAACUAUAGUUGCACUCAGCAAAGGAACACAGUGGACAGGAGACUAAGGCCAAAGUAUUGAAGGAUCUGAAGAAGAUCAUUGGUAAUCUUAAUAAAGAUUUUUCUUUCUCAGAAGAAAACCAGUAAAUGUGAAUGCCAAGAUUGAAUCUCAGGCUAGAUUUUUAUCCACAAAGCAGAGAAGGAUUUUGUGAGGGGUGAUUAAGUGUUAAAAAAAAGGUAAACUCCAGGUUGGAAUACCAACAAUAUUAGGAAAAAAAUAGUUUGCCACUUACUGUAAAGGUGACAUGUUGAGUUGCAGACAGGCACAAUGUAAAGAAUGUUACACAUUUAGUUUUUGGCCAAAGCCUUCUCCAGAAAACAAAACACAAACAGAUUAACACUAGCAAGCACACAUGACCAAUAUCUCCCACUGCAGAUAGUGGAGACGUGUGCAGGGAGUGUGCUUGCGUGUGUAAAUCUUUUUGUGUUUUCUUUUCUGAAGAAGUCUUUGGCCAAAAGCUAAAUGUGUAACAGUCUUUACAUUGUGCCUGUUUGCAACUCAACAUGUCACCUUUACAGCGAAUAGCAAACUAUCCUUUUCCUAAUAUUGUUAAUGCACAUAAAGGUGGUCUUGUACAUUAUGUCAAUUUGUGUGUGUGUGAGUGAGAGAGAUUCCAUGUAGUUGAAGGUGAAUAAAAAUUUAAAUUUA